CAACUAUGACAUACAGCCAUCAUAACUUUCCCUCGUACGACCAGGGCUUUAUCGGCUGUAGAAUGGAUAACUAUUACGAUAAAAUAAGAGAACGCGUAUUGAAUCCAAAGACGAGCUUAGACGAUAUCAACGUCUCACAGAACUUCAACUCACCGCCACUGAGUCCACCACUCAGUGUAUCUGGAUUACCUGCACCUCCAUUUGCUAGAGCUAAUGACAGGAAGAUCGUAUUAGUAUUGGUUCAAUGGCUAGGACCCUCACUUGGUUCGUUUGAAGUUAAAGCGAUCGAUGAUCUUUUAAAACUCAAGGGCGUUGGAAGAGAAAGAUCUACAAUCGCUUACUUGCCAAUUUAUUGCGAUAUUCCUCAACAUCUCACACCGAAUCAGCUUAAAUUACCAGGAGUUGGUAGCAAGGCCCAUCAAACGUCACCAUUACUUAUCAGACAUCUCGCUCAAAUUGGAAGAAACGACAUUACUAUUGAUUACUUCUGGAAGUUCGGAGACUGGGUCUGUGCUCAAUGUGGUCUUACAAAUUGGGCAGAACGUAACACUUGUAAGAAUGGCCCGAAAUGCUUAACUAGAGGCGGUCCACGCCCACCUACUCGUGUUGAAACUAUGAAAGCACUUUGCUUCAACGAAAUACAAACAGCGAUGUCGCUUAAGAUGCCUAUUUUCGUUGUUUCUGGAGAAUCCUGUUGGGAUAAAUCAUCAGGGAGAGCACCUAAACCGCCUUCAAAGUCUGUUGCUCAUGUUCAUGAUACGAAUGCGAAAGCGAUAGCAGCAGCGUCUUUGCAACAAUACCCAGAUCUUAAGAUAAACCUCUCAGUUAGUCCAACAAAGUCACCACCACAAAUUCCAGGAAGUUCUCAACAGAAAGUUGCAACUUCUAACGUUAAUAGUAAGGGUUCAGCACGGUCAUAUGCUCAAAUAGCUGGAAAUGGUAAUGACGAUAGGGCGAGGAGCUAUCUACCAAUGAAUACAU